AUGAAAGGCCAGUCGAAUCGUGCCAGCAACGUUAAGAACGGACACCGUCGUUCCAACUCGCGUUUUGCCAAUGACGAUAAGAGGUUAGUGUAUUUGAUGAGCAAAGCCAUGGGGAAAAAGUGUAUUGCCACAAUCACUGAUGGCUCGCGUUAUCAAGGGUUAUUAGUUGGGUCGGAUCUUUCACAAGGGUCGCCCUUGUCGGUAGUUUUGUUAAAGCCUCAGCUUGUAGGGGCGAGUUUGCUUAAUGAAAAGAAUAACCUUGAUAAAUUACCCGAGAAUUUGAUUAUCCAAGCCAAGGAUUUGAUUGAUUUGGAAGUUGAUGUGGAUGUGGGUGAGGAGAUUAAGGCCCCGCCCGAGUUUAAGACUGAUGCCGAUAUUUCCGGCAAGACGCAGAUCAAGGAGCGUGAACUUGAGAGGUGGGUUCCAGAAGACGAGAUUGAGAUGACGUUGGAGGAUGAUGGGAGUGAAUGGGACCAGUUUAAGGUUAACCAGGAAAAGUUUGGUGUUGAGUCUACGUAUGAUGAGCAUUUGUAUACCACGAGGAUCGAUACUUCGGCCCCGGAUUAUCAAGACCGUGUUGCCAAGGCCGAGAGAAUUGCUAAAGAGAUUGAACAGCAGGCGACCACUGAUAGACACAUUUUGGAGGAAAGAGGGGUGAUAGUGGAUGAUAGUGGGGUAGACGAGGAGGACAAGUAUUCUGGGGUUGAUAGAAGAGGCGACGAGUUGAUGGCGGCAUUACGGAAUGCCAGUAUUUCGAAACCAGCACAACAAGGUGCCACCACACACCAGCACCAUGACCCGGCCAUUGUUUCUAGUUUGAAACAGAAGAAGCCCGACUCUAUUCCACCCAAGCCGCCAGUACCAAAUGAAUCGUUUAGGUUAAAUGCACAGAGUGAGAUCAAUUCGUUGCGUGAGUUUAGUGCCAACUUUAAGAUUCCACAUAAAAUGCCUCAGGAUUUGUUACCGAUUUUGGCAAAGGAUAAGAUGAAACAGGAUGAGAUAUUGAAGAAGCAGCAGCAGCAACAGCAGCAGCAGCAAAUAAAGAAAGAGCCAAAGACGUAUAAGUUGAAUCCAAAAGCUGCGGUGUUUACGCCAUCGUCGAAACACGCAACAAUUACUUCGCCACCAAGUUUUAAGAAAUCCCCCCGACCAUAUUCGAAUGGGAAUGUCAAGAAACACUAUCAAAUUUCUGCUGCAGAUUUCUUUGGUGGGAUAGGUAGAGUGCCAACCAAGGAGGGCCAGAUCAAGAAAGUGGGCGAGUUUAAGUUUGGGUUUAAUAUGUUUGUUACCACCCGGAGAAAACACAAGGACGGCCCGGUAGUAUACGAAAAGUCGUUCCAGACCCCGCCUACAUGGACGUCUACAGUUGAUGUUAGUCACGACAAGUUGUUUAGUGCACGGGCAGUUGCACCGUCACAGUUUGUUCCUAGUCCGAUGGUGGCGCCGGGUCCUAUACCGUAUGUUAACAAGUUUGCGAUGUCGCCCCAGCAACAACAAGCAGCUGCAGCUGCAGCUAUGGUGGUACAGAUGCAACAGCAACAACAACAGCAGCAACAACAACAACAACAACAACAACAACAAUAUGCAAUGAUGUACCAGCAACAGUUUGUGCCACAGAUGCCGGUAUUUUAUGGUGAUCCUACGUUUUACCCUCCACAAGGGUUUGUGCCACCGCCCGCACAGUUUGGUAACCCAAAUAUGAUGAUGGGGAAUCCGUACCAGUAUCAAGGGAGAAGGUAUUCGAAAAAAGGUGGUCAACAUUGA